GUCAAGUGUCAGUAGACUGUCAAACGCGAAGGUGUGUGUUUCGUUCUUUCACACUUUCUGGCAAUAUGUAAAGUGCAAAGUGGGGUUAAUGUUUGUUUAUUUACACGAGUUUAAAGUUAUUUACUUUAUAAUGGAUUAGAUAAUUGGUGGAAGUCGAUAAAAUGGGAUCGAGAAUUAGAGAAAACGUUCAACAUUUUUUCGAAUGUUUUUGCGAAGUUGUCCCGCCGUCUGUUGAUGACGGCAAAGAUGCCUGGAUAAUUCAACAGUAUCCUUACACGUACAAAGACGAGGAAGUACUUAAAUCGGUGUCAAAGUUCGCUUAUCCGUACAAAUUUGAAAAUUGUGUUAUUCAACAUUACUCGUUCGUGCUUACGGAUAUAGAAUCGAAAUGGACAUUUGGAUUUUGCAGACAUGAUCCUCGCUCAGAAACUGCUAUUGUAGUUUUAAGUUAUUUACCAUGGCAUCAAGCAUUUUAUAAGUUUUUAGAUAAUAUAGCAGUAUUAAUGCAUAGUAGGGAGACAGAAAGUUUAAAUGAGUUCCUAUCAUCCGUUUAUAAAACAAGAUUGGCAGGACCAGGGAAAAAAUUUACUGUUCCAUUUAACAAAGGAGAAAAUUCCUUUAAUAUCGAAUGUCCUCAACCCAUCGCUCAUCAGUUGCCAAGUAUACCAGAAAACGUAAGUAUAUAACUGUUAAUUUGUAACA